UGAGCUCUGUCCGUUGCCUGUUUACACAGAAGAUCUGAACCAAGAGGCAGAUGCUUCGGUUUUUCCAAGCUUAAAGGGAUAAGAAACUCGAGAGAAGCAGCCUCUCUCGCACAAUGGCCGGCGCCGGCUUCUUCUUUCCCUCCUUUGCUCUCCUCCUCUUCUUCUUCUUCUUCUUCGAGUCCUCCGGUGAGUCCCAUCAGAUUUCCGACCCGCAUUGGCACCCGGCCACGGCGACGUGGUAUGGAAGCCCCGACGGCGACGGCAGCGACGGAGGAGCGUGUGGGUAUGGGUCGCUGGUGGAUGUCCGGCCGAUGAAGGCGAGGGUGGGGGCGGUGAGCCCGGUGCUGUUUAAAGGAGGGGAGGGGUGCGGGGCCUGCUACAAGGUGAAGUGCGUCGACGGCGGUGUCUGUUCCCGGCGGGCGGUGACGGUGAUCGUCACCGACGAGUGCCCGGGGGGGUACUGUGCCUUCGGCCGCACCCACUUCGAUCUCAGCGGCGCUGCCUUCGGCCGCAUGGCCGUCGCGGGCUCCGCCGACCGGCUCCGCGACCGAGGCGAGAUCUCGGUCAUCUUCCGGAGGACUCCUUGUAAGUAUCGUGGGAAGAGCAUAGCCUUCCAUGUGAAUGAAGGCUCAACAGACUAUUGGUUAUCGCUUCUGGUGGAGUUUGAGGAUGGAGAUGGAGAUGUUGGAUCCAUGCACAUCAAACAGUCCAAUUCGGUGGAAUGGCUAGAGAUGAAUCAUAUCUGGGGCGCCAAUUGGUGUAUUAUUGGGGGACCCCUAAAGGGGCCCUUCUCAGUAAAGCUGACCACAUUGUCCACGCAGAGGACCCUCUCUGCCCGGGAAGUGAUUCCAAAGAACUGGUCUCCCAAGGCCACCUACACCUCCCGCCUGAACUUCUCUUAAUUAGAGGGAGGCAGACCCAUGAGUCAAAAGAACCUACCCUUCCGUCCCCACCUGGGGGAAAAAAAAAAAGAAGUAGCCGUUGGUGGUUGUGGUCUUUUGAAGAAUAACAUAAAAAAUAGCCGUUGGGAUGCCAAGGCAAAUCCCCUAUUAUCUUAGUUUUUGGAAGUUUCUAUGUAUAUGUUGUAGCCAUAGGGCUCAGCCAUGUGCCCUAGUAGCCCUCUCCUAAAGGAGAGAGAGCGCCCAUUGUGUGACAUUUGUGUAAGCUUGUGGGGGAAUGACUCCAUCUAUAACCCUAUGAAGGGUUUUCCAAUAAUUCAUCUAUGGAGCAACAUUAGUUAUUAUAUCCACAUCAUGGAGGUGUUUCUCUGA